UUUAGUUGUCUAAAGAUAUCUAAUAUGUAAUUGGUGUACCAAAAUACAUCAAGAAAUUGUUCUUCCAUAAAAAUGUCAGGUGGAGAUAAGGGUCAAAUCGGUACAGAGUCGCCGCGGCCUCUAAGGAAACGACGAACCCGCAUGGCGAACGACAAACGGAUCGCGGAUGAUGAAUUCAUGGCAGCAGCCAUCGGAGACGUGGAAUGGCUAAGGCAGAGUCUAAGGGAACAGAAAGGAAAAAUUAAUUUUGAUAAAAAUGGUUUGUCAGCAAUACACCUGGCUGCUAUCCAUGGUAGACUGGACUGUCUGAAACUUCUAAUAGAGAAAUACAAGGUAAACAUUAACCUGCCCAGUACAACAGGGUGGAGGCCUAUACACCUGUGUAUCAGUAAUCAGACAGGGAAGAGAGCUCUACAGUGUCUACAGUACCUAAUCAACAAGAAUGCUGAUCCUUCUGUUCCAAACAAUGAUGGAAUUACACCAGUACAUCAGGCAGCUUCAGAGGGCCAUGUUCAAUGUCUGAAACUCCUUAUAGAAAUUGGAGCUAAAAUUGAUGGAAAAGACAUUCGAGGUCACACCCCACUAGAUCUUGCCAAACUCUGGGGGCACAAGAAAUGUGCCAGAAUACUUGCUGCUGAGCUGUGGCACCAGGACAAGGAUAAUGUAGCUAAAGAGCUGGGGCAACUGAAGAAACUGAAGAUGCAGCAGGUCCUUAAAGAAAUGGAAGAACAGGGAGAAUUUAAGGCAGCCCAGGAAUACUACGGAGAGAAAGCCUAUCAGGAAUGGAUGCAGAAAAAGGGCCUGGUACAAUCUCCAACUGAAGGUAACAAGGAAGAAACAGCAAAGUUAGAUGCAAAUCAAAAAGCGAAAGCUGGUGAAUCUUUGAUGAAGCCCAACAGCAAAGUACAGCAACCAAGCGGCAAAAAGAGUGGCAGUGAAAGGAGUAACAUCCACGUAGCUUUCCGUGACGACAGAACGCCAUCACCUCAAAGUUCUAGAAAGCAGACAGAUGUUUCAGAUGAACAUGGUAAAGAGGAUGCUGAUAAAGAAAACCAGGUCAGCUCAGCCAGAGCAAAACCAAAGUUUCAUACUUUUGUCAACCCAGAGUCCUGGAGGCUUGCCCUUCAUCCUCCAAAAACAGAGUAUAUUACCGAUUUGAAGGAUGAAUAUCCGAGAGAUGAGUACACCAUGAUGCCUAGAACGAAAUCUGCUCACAAGUAUUUUGAUGGGAAAUUUGCCUGCGUAGAAGAUAUCACAGAGAGUAGUUUGAAAAAUAAGAAACUGAAAAAAGAUGUGCGCAAGCCAAAUUUACCCAGAGAGGUCAUCAGACAGGGGCUUUCAAAAGAUCCAACUCUUGACCAGCGUCCAGUUUUAUUUAAACCUAUUCACAUGUUUGAUGUCACCAUGAAGAAGAAAUACGGGGAUUCUGUAAAAGGAAAGAGCGAAGUGUCCCUACAUCUGUGUGAUGAUGUUUCUUCGAUUGUAUAUCGGAACAGUCUCCAGAGAGCUAACACUAUUGACGUAGUCUCGCCCCGAUCCGUCACAUCCGAUUGGCUGAGUGCCAGGUUUCCCAGGGACAAAGUUAUAAAUACCCUUAAAAAUAUGAAAAAUCCCACAAUGUUCCCUAAUAUACGAGGAGAGGAAUACGACAUAAAUUAUGGGGAUAUUGCCACUUUUAAUUAAGUCCAGGCUAGAUAUUUAUUUCCAAGAUGAUUAGUCAUUUUGCUA